AUGGUCUGCCGCGGCGGGCGUAUUGUGUUCCUCCGGCACGCGAGGCGCAUUAACAACGGCCCAGGUCUACGGCAACUCAACUCCGCCUGGAAUGUGCCCUUCGAUACAACUCAUUUUCCAGUUCGUCGUAUUAUAAGUUACUACAGUGAUACAUUUUCCCGCAUGAUUCCGCUCCAGCUCACAAGACUAGGUCAACCCAGUAGGGGCUGCAAAAGAACAUUCAAGAGUUCAUCUCUGCCUCGGAUUGGCCGUCAGGAAGGCCUUGAUCUUAAUCCACUAGAUUAUCGGCUUUGGUCCGAACUGGAGGGGAUGGCAUGCCACAGAGCACACACCUUAACCUGGAAAGAAUCUAACAAUAUCUGGUCCAACAGUUAA